AUGGCAGAUACGCAGCGCAGAUUCAGCGGGGUGCGCAACCCUAUCAAGUUCGAAACGCUCGAGCACGCGUCCAUCGGCGACUCGCUCACUGUCACCGCCGCGACGGGCGCAGUCGGGGAUGCGGCAAAAUACGUUCUCAAGACGGUAGCGGGCGUGGAGUUGACGAUCGGCCAGGUGAUCGGGUUGGCCGGGGACUACUAUACCGGCCCGGGGAACCAUGCGAUCACUGGCGACUACGGGAAGCCGACCCCGUCGUUCGAGGAGGUGAAGAGGAAUGCGAAGGCGGCGGCAGACACGCUGAGUGGGAAUGCAGGCGGGUAUCUGAAGGCGAUCAAUGGGCUGUUCUUGAAGGAGGAGGAGGCGAUCAAGAAGGCGUUGGAGGAGGGAGAGGCGGUGUCGGUUGCGUACGGGAAACAUAUCAAGGGACUACCAACGGAUGCCGACUACUCCCUGGCGACAUGGCUAUACUACCCCCGGAUUGCAUGGAACAACUUCGAUCACUUCGGAACCGACGCGCGCGCAGCAUACACGGCCUGCCACGCGGUAGCACUCGACCUGGCGGCGGCAGCCGACGGCAACGAAGAAGCUCUCAAAGCGGCCUACCUGGUGGAUGCUUUCGGGCUGCACUUCUUGACCGAUACCUUCAGCAGUGGACAUCUGCGCGCCCCGAGAAGGGCUCUGCAUGACGGUAGUGCGUGGUCAGCGUUUCCUUCUGGCAUCGUGGGUGCGCCGGUGUGGGACACGCAGUCGAGAUACAUGCAUGACGAGGACUCGGCAUGCGGAUUAUGGGUGCAGAAUGAAGAAGGACAGGAAUGGAUUGCGUACGGAGACAAGCAGUUAUUCGAUGGACACUGCCGUAUAAAUCGCGUGCGCUGCAUACAAGCAUGCCAAAGCAGUAUAAACGAAGUCUAUGACGCAUUCGCCUCCAAGAGCGUCCCCGAGGUAUCAUCCUACUCGGCAGUGAAGCAGGCUCCAAAGCCACAGAUGGCACUCGUCUCACCUUCCGGCCCAGGCUGGACUCACGACAACUUUGCGCCGCUGUGGGUGCACGAUCCAUCCGCUCCCAAGGACGCCCGCUUCACCAUCCGCAAAGCUCUCAACGACCACUCGAAGCACGAGCGUGCGGUUGCAUAUCCCGGCUACAUCCCGCUGCAAUGGCCACCUCUCACGCCGUCCAAGGAGGCAGCAGCGGUCAAAAAAUCGGUGUACAAAGCUAUUGGCGAAUUUCCGCUCUCGAUCCCCAUGGAACCGCGCUCGGGCGGAUUCGUCCAGAUCCAGGAGUAUGCCGGAGACACAGACGGGAGACGUGUCACUUCCGCGAACGUAUGGGGCCCCAUAACCGUCGACAUCCCGAACCUGGGCCCACGGUACACCUUCACACUGCGCAACCGCUUCCGUAACAUCACCGAGAACCUACCACCGGACCGUACAUUGCACUGGAGCAGCCACUUCGACGCCACCAGCGGGAAAACCUCACUCGUCCGGUUCAACCUCAAGGGCGACGGCGUAGUCGAAAUCGACGGCUGGAGCUUCACGCUUCACCAACCCGACACGUCCUCGCAGCUAGUCGACUUCUUCGACCUCGACGCCUCCCCGCUCGUGCUCAGCAGCGACUUCUCCCGCGUCACGCUGCUGCAAGACUUCCGCGGCCACGGCCUCUCCAGCGCCCGCUUCUUCAUAGCCCCGUGGCUCAACCCCUCCCCCUCCUCAAACCCCGACGUCAUCUCCGUCACCUUCGACCCGACCACCUGGCAACCGCGCAUCACCGCGCUGACCUCAACCGCCCUCACCCCCCCGUUCACCAGCAAACUCGACUUCACGGACACCACCGCGCCCAAGGUGGCAUGGUCAACCGUCAAGCUCCUCUUCGGCCGCCUGCUCCUGGCAGGCAGCGUCACAACCCCCGACCGUGCCAUAUCCCUGCACCUCCGCGACUACACCUUUCCCCCCACAUCCCCACCCACCCUAUCAGUCCACGAAACCAUCCUCGCCCUCCCGGGCGUCGCGGGACAGACACUGCAAAUCCUUAUCGGCGACGUCCUAUCCACAGGCGCAGAAAUUCUCGUUGUCGUGAUCGGCGCGAGGGUGCAGUUAUACACCGUCACUGGUGACCAAGAUGGGGGGCUGGCGUACUCCCCCGCCGUCACACCCGCCGCCACCGCCGCCACCGAGCCGGAUCGGAAUCAUAUCCUGACCGCGCUGGUCCCCUCGUCUUCCCCGGAUGAAGGUGAAGGUGGUGAAGGUGGAGGUGAAGGUGGCGGCGAAGGUGGCGGCGAAGGUGGUGAAGAAGGCGGCAGCGGGGGACUGGAUAUACUAAGCAUCCACGCGCCCGUGGGCACGCCGCCUAACGCGCGGACGCUCGAGUUUACGCUGUCUACGCGGGGCGGGCCGGGGGUGGUACAUACCGUUGCAGACCCUUUGGCGUCAGCGUCAGCGUCGGAGGGCUACGUCUCGCUCGGAUGGCACCGCGCCAGCUGGAGACAUACGGACAACGCCGUGUUGCAGGUGUUUAGCUGGUUUGGGAUGCUGGGGGGGAGGGUUUUUGCUCAGGUACCCGCUGAGGAGGGGGUGGGGGAGGGGGAGGGGGGGAAGGGGAUGUGGGCUGUUGUGGGGUUGGCGGCGAGUUUAGGGCAGCCUGCGCUAGGGGCGGGGCUGGGGACGGCGGGGGUGCUGUCUUGGGGACCAGCGGAGGGGUGGGUCGAUGUGGUUGAGGGGUAUGAGCCGCGGCCGGAGAUGUAG